CGAUCCCGCCCCGCCGCGCUUUACGGCAGCGCGGUCGUGUCGCGCGGCGCCGUGCCCGGACGGAGGAGGUCACCGGGCGGCAGCGGCGGCGGGGCCGUGGCUCUGGCUCCGGCUCCGGGUCCGGCAUGUGGCGGGUGUUGGUGCGACGCGUGGCCCGGGGCGCCGCGGGAGCCCCUGCUCUGGCGCCGAGCUGCCGAGCGCUCGGGGCCGCAGGGGCUGGCCGCGGCGCGGUGGUGGGGGUCGGGGCCGUGCCGUUGGGCGGUGGCCCCGCGCACCGGCCUGGAGGGCUUCUGCUGCCUUCGGCCUGGCCCCGGCUCGUCCCCCGCCGCUGCUGCAGUCUCCCGGCACACCAGAAGGUAGCCUUGCCAGCUCUGUCCCCCACGAUGCAGAUGGGCACCAUUGCGCGCUGGGAGAAGAAGGAGGGUGACAAGAUCGGUGAAGGGGAGCUUAUAGCGGAGGUGGAAACAGACAAAGCAACAGUUGGCUUUGAGAGCCUGGAGGAAUGCUACUUGGCCAAGAUCCUGGUGCCAGAAGGAACAAGAGAUGUUCCUAUUGGGGCCAUAAUAUGUAUUACAGUAGAAAAGCCUGAAUAUGUUGAUGCCUUUAAAAAUUAUACUCUGGAUUGUGUAGUGUCUGCCCCUCUUGCAGCCUCAGUGCCUCCCCCUCAAGCUGCAGCUCCCUCACCACCAGCUCAGCCUUCUCAGGCUCCUGGAAGCUCUUAUCCUCCUCAUAUGCAGGUCACUCUCCCUGCCCUGUCACCUACCAUGACAAUGGGCACAGUGCAGAGAUGGGAGAAGAAGGUUGGGGAGAAACUGAAUGAGGGAGACUUACUGGCAGAAAUUGAGACAGAUAAAGCCACAAUAGGCUUUGAAGUACAGGAGGAAGGCUAUUUGGCAAAAAUCUUAGUGCCUGAAGGAACAAGGGAUGUGCCUUUAGGAACAGCUCUCUGCAUCAUUGUGGAGAAAGAGUGUGAUAUUCCAGCUUUUGCUGACUACCAAGACACUGCGGUAACUGACAUGAAGGCACAAGCUCCUCCUCCUCCUCCACUAGUGGUGGCAACUCCGGCUGCUGCUCCUCCCCCUCCCCAGCCUGCUGUUCCUUCCAGUGCAGCAGUCCCCACAGCUGGGCCACCUCCCCGGAAAGGAAGGAUCCUGGUUAGUCCCCUGGCAAAGAAAAUGGCAGCAGAAAAAGGAAUUGACCUUGCCCAAGUGAAAGGUACUGGACCAGAUGGUAGAAUCACAAAGAAAGAUGUGGAGUCAUUUGUGCCACCAAAGGCUUCAGCUCCAGCACUAGAGGCAGUUCCUGCAACUGCCGCAGUUGCAGCAGCACCAGUGGGGACCUUCACAGAUAUCCCUAUCAGCAACAUUCGGAAGGUCAUUGCUCAGAGGUUGAUGCAGUCUAAACAAACAAUACCUCACUACUACCUUUCUGUUGAUAUAAACAUGGGAGAAGUACUGGUGCUACGGAAAGAACUCAAUCAGGAGGUCUCCGAUAACAUUAAGCUUUCUGUCAAUGACUUCAUAAUUAAAGCUUCUGCUCUGGCGUGCUUGAAGGUGCCUGAGGCAAAUUCUUCAUGGAUGGACACAGUUAUUAGGCAAAAUCACGUAGUGGAUGUUAGUGUUGCAGUUAGUACUCCUGCAGGGCUUAUAACCCCUAUUGUGUUUAAUGCACAUAUAAAGGGCCUGGCUUCCAUUAGUAAGGACGUGGUUUCUUUGGCAACUAAAGCCCGAGAAGGUAAACUUCAGCCUCAUGAAUUCCAGGGUGGUACUUUCACAAUUUCCAAUUUAGGAAUGUAUGGGAUUAAGAAUUUCUCUGCCAUAAUCAAUCCACCUCAAGCCUGCAUCCUUGCAGUUGGUUCCUCAGAGAAGAGGCUAGUGCCAGCUGAUAAUGAGAAAGGAUUUGAUGUGGCUAGUGUGAUGUCUGUUACACUUAGCUGUGACCAUCGUGUUGUAGACGGAGCAGUUGGAGCACAGUGGCUUGCUGAAUUCAAGAAUUUCCUUGAAAAGCCAGUAACCAUGCUGCUAUAAUUUAAUCAUGCAAGCAAAAUCUUCCAGGGUCACGCUGUUUUGUUUUAAACAAGCUAUUUAGACCUUAGUGUUCAGACUUAUUAAAAGAGUUCCUUUUUUAUUUUAAAUAUGUAUUAUAUUAUCUGGUAAUGUUAUUACCAGUGUGUACAGAAAAAGUUUGCAAAAGUGCUUUUCAGAACAAUAUUAUAGCUAUACUGUAUUUUUAUACAGUUAGUUAACUUGCAAACUCUUCCAAAACAGAGUUAAGCAUCCCAGAUUUAAAAAUGAUCCAGGCAGUAUGCACACUGCCAUCUGCUUCUAAACUAGGGUGAACAGGGGGGUACAUACCAAGCAAUUUAAUGACCUCCAUGUUCUUAGGAAUUUGAAUUAUAAGCACCUCUUCACAGGAGGUCAGAUGAGAUGGUAACUGAAACAUGCAAGUUAGUAGAAGGUGAAUUCCCUUAUUAUCCUGUUCUCCUGCUGGGGUAGGUGGGUAUGACAGAUGCACUAAGGGACUGAAGCGCCUGGGAAUAGUUUCUCAAAGGCCAAGUGCUAGCAUUCCAAAUCUCUCCUGGAAUUCGGCACUGGUCGGGACCUUCUCAGCUGUGUGAUCCCAUUUGAGCACUUUAAAGUAAGGUGAAAGAGCACUGCUAUCUGUGGGGUCACAGCUCUCAGAUACCACAGGGAAUGUGCUGUCUUCUCAUGGACUUUCACUUACAUGUGCUUUUUGUAUGAAAACUCCUUAAUUGCUAUUCCUCUUGCUAAGUUAAUAUCAGACUAUGAUGACAUGGAAGUAACUGUUUUGCAGAAUGUUCAAGAGAAUCUGUGUGUUGGAACCCAAUAUAGGCAAAUCACACAUGGUAAUAAUCCCAUCAGUGGAUAUUAAUCAUGGGAUGACUUGAAUGUUUGGAAUUUUUUUUUUUCAAGCAUUCUAACAUAGGAAGCUCUGAGUUAGUCACUGGUGCUGCAGUUCUUCCCUGAAUUGUCUAUGUUGUCCCAGCCUCAGUAAGCUGCAGAAUGUGCUACCCAUGUAUAUAUUGUAUGUAAAAUGCUUCAGUAGUUUGUUGGACUUGUGUCCAGUUACACAGUCAUUGUAUCCUGAAAGGGGUGCAGUGCUGAACAUUCUUAAAUUCCACUUUCCACAUGGAAAUGUUAAUGUAAAAAAGGACGACUGUGUAGUUAUUACAAAGUGACCAGGAGAAUUAAAUUGGGGCGGAGAAGUUUAAAAAAAAAGAAAGGAAAAAUUAAAGCUGAUCUCUUAUUCUGUAUAUUGCAUUAAGUACUGUUUCCUGUAAAGUUCUACAAAAUUCACUAAAGAUGUUGAAAGAAAAUACUGUGGAAAUUAAAUAUUUUUGUGGGAACUAUUUAACGUCUGGUUGCUGUGAUAUGUGGUUUUCAUGCCUGGCUUAAGCAAAAAAGUGCGUUAAGGUUUUGUUUUUUCGUUAAUGAUCUAAAAUAUCUUGGUUCCAGACUUGCUCUAGUGAACCGAUGUUCUAUUAAAUGUUUGGAAUUGACAACUACUAAAA